AUGGCGAAGGUGGACAAGGAGGUAAAGGCCAUCAAGGCCUUCUUUGAAGGCUCCAAAUUGCGUUAUGAUGAAGAUGAGAGGAACCUGUACUUUGUCUUCAGCACGGGCAAGCGAAAGCUGCGCUUCCAGUUCUAUGUGCCCUACGGCUACCCCGACGACGCCUCGCCCGACGAGCGACCUCUCCUCAUGCAAGAAGAGGGCCUCUACGACGAGCUGGUGGAUCAGGUCAAUGACUUCUCGCGAGAGGGCGGUUCCCUGGUCAAGGCCGUGGAGCUCAUGCACAAACUGUUGUCGAAGAAGUUUGAGCUGAAGGGCUCGCGCGACGUGAGCCAGCUCAGCGGCGGCAAGGCCAAGGAGGAGCCCAUGAGCGAGGACGAAGACGAAGAGGAGCCCUCGGCCUCCGAAUCCGAAGAGGAAUUCUAUGACGACGAGGACGAAGACGGCAUGUCCAACGGGAAUCCUCGGCUGCGCAAGGACGUAGAAGAAACCGAGGCCUACUUUGGCAAGGGCUCCGUCAAGUACUUCCCCGAGCUGUCGAUGGUGCGGCUGUUCGUAGACACCGCGUUCCUUUCGGAGAGCGUCGCUUCGGCGUUGGGCAUCGACUGCCACAUCCCGGUCAACAUCUCGCUUCACUUCGGCGAGGAGUACCUGGCCUCGCCCUCGCCGCCCACCUUUGAAAUCGACCAGAAGCCCAAGGCCGAGCAAUUUGGCCUGCAGUUCCAGAUCACUGAGAUCCUGAGGAAUUGGAUCAAGCAGAACUGGAGGAAGAGCGAAUACGCAACCUCGCUCUCCACCUCGUCCGGCGGCACCACCAGCAGCUUCAAGCUGCUCGGCUCCUCCUCUUCUUCAUCUUCCUCUUCUUCGUCCUCCUCUGCGUCCAGCAGCGGACUCCUGGGCAAAUUCUUCAACAAGAAGGGCCAGCCGCAAAAGACUUCGGCGCAGCCGCAGCCGACGACGACGGCGACGACCACCAAGGACGACGACGGGGCCGCCGAUGCCGUCUACGAGCCCGACAAGAAGUGGCCCGCGCAGCUGAAGGAGCUCGUGGACAUGGGCUUCGAGCGCGACGUCUCCAUGUACGCUCUGCAGACCACCCACGGAGUCGUCGCGGAGGCGCUCAAUAUGUGCCUGGACCCGCAGCCGUGGUUCAAGGAGGAGGCCAAGAAGAUGGCCAAGAACAAGGGGCAGGUCGUCACCCGCGCGCUCUCCAAGUCGCAGGCCUCCAAGAGCAAGUACAACUUCCUCAUUUCGCUCGUCAUCUACAUCCGCUCCCGUAUUGCCAACUGCAGUAACUACUGCCCGAUCUGCGACCACAAGCACGAGUGCGAGGGCCUCAAGCCCAUCGUGUGCGCCAAGCCCGACUGCGUGUGGCGGUACGAGGAGCUGGGCCUGGGCGCCAACGUCAACGCCGAGAUCGCGCGCGCGCCCGAGGUCGUCGAUCUCAUGAUCUCCCUGGCCUGCGCCGGCGUCAACUCGGGCCGCGGCGAGACCAUCCUCGAGCCCUUCCCCAUGGCCGACUUUGCCCCCAACGGCACCAAGGACCUCAACCGCCUCAAAUCGGUGCUGGAGGGACUGCCGUCGGUGACGGAGCUGAGCAGCGCCACAGAGAUUCGUCCGUUCCUGGACCUCAUCGACCCCGGCCCAAGCGGCGGCAAGAGCUACUACCGAUUGGUGCGCUGGCUGCUCACGUCGAACCGUGCGCACUUGGUCAGGCUCAGCGAAGAGCAGCAAAUCAAGGAGAUGGCUACGCCCUACCAGUACAUGCUUCUCACCUCAACGCCCGAGAAGGAGGCCCGCUUCGUGCAGCUUAAGAAAAAGCACGGCUCGUUCAUGGCAUUCCACGGCUCGCCCAUGGAGAACUGGCACUCGAUCCUGCGUAACGGCCUGAGGAACAUGAGUAACACGAAGAACAUGUUGCACGGUGCCGCACACGGAGCGGGCAUCUACCUCGCGCCCAACGCUGGCACCUCGCAAGGCUACAUGCGCGCCGGAACCGGUUGGGCCAAGAGCCAGUUCGGCUCCUCGCUGUCGUGUUUGGCCAUGUGCGAAGUGAUCGACCACCCCGACCUCUACGGUCGCGAUCACAACCAGUGGUGUUACGUCGCCAAGGAAGACGAUCACGUGAUGACGCGAUUCUUCUUCAUCUACAGCAGCACCAGCUCCUUCCCCACUGCGGUCAACGCGCGCCAGCUCAAGGUGCCCGACAUGCAGGCCUUCAAGACCGCCUGA